UCUUUGAACAGUAUCCACUGAUAGCCGGGCCGACGACGAAAACACGUAUGGAAAUCAGCGGAUGCACUAAUAAUUCAGAUGAGCGGUUGAUUUGCUAUUUAUAUGUACCAUUUAAAUUUUCAUGUUUUCAAAAAUGCCAAAAAACCCAAAUUUCGGUAACGCUUGAAAAUCUAAAAUUCUAGCUCUCAAAUGGCGAAGCACUACGCUAGCGGCCUUGGCCAUGUCUUUCUUGUACGUCGACAAAGUUAUAUUCCUACAUAUUUUUCCAUUCACGAAUUUCAAUUGGUUCAAAACACAAGCGAUUCGGAAUUUUUAUCGGAAACACCUGCGUCGGUAGAAGACAACACUGAGUAUGACUUUGAAGAUUAUGCAGCGCGGCUGCUCCCAGACCAGGGGACUUUGAAAUCACAACUGAGUACAUCGAGUGAAUACAGCCUUUCUUGGCUCCAAAAUCUUGCUGAAUUAGAAACUCAGUCUGCGACUCCAACGACAAGGCUCCGAAGCUCUGGUUUAGCGAAGCUAUUUUCAUGUAAUGUUAGUAAGAUGUCGUACGAAACUAAAUCCAAGUUGGAAUGUGAUGGUUACUUUGGAUGCCCGGAGGAAAAACAUCUCGCCAAAGAAAAUGCUACUUUCCCCAGACGUCGUCACCCAGUAUGUAUCAUUCCCUGGAAGAAGCGUCAGCCAUCAGUAAAAACAAGCAGAAAGAAAAAAACAACAACCAAACAAACAAAGCCCAAACCCCCCACGAGGUCCGACAGCAUGGAUGCCUAUUACGUGACAAAGGUAGAUUGCGUGACGUCCACAUUAGAGAAGAGCAAAGUAAAUGGAAUCAAGCUGAGAAUUCGACCUAAGAUUCCACUACAGUCACAGAGCACUAAGUCUCACCCAGCUAUGUUCUAUAGUUAUUUCGUAUCUAAAGGCUGUCAGUAUCGCAAGGCGUGUGCUCCGAAAAGAAGAUCAUGUGAUGGAUUCUUUGGUUGUCACGAUGGCGAGGAUACGAAGGAAUGUAAAGGAGAAUGUAAAGGAAAGCGUAAAGGGAAAAAGAAGCAAUCCAACAAGUGACGAUAAAGUGACUCGGCAUUAGAUAUAUCAACUGGUUCGAAGCUGCUAUGUAUCUGGCUCUAAAUAAUAUUGAUACCAGUAAAUACUAAUCGAGUGAUGUAGGACAAAAUUUUGCGGAUUUUAUUGGACAAAAGCCACAUCAUCAUAAUUAAGUAGUUAUUAUUCUUACAAUUUGUAUUAUUAUCUAUUAUUGAAUUAUCAAUUGCAAUUACGAUUUUUAUCAUCGUUAGGUUAGUUUUUGUAUUGUAAAUUUAUUAACCGGCAUCGUCAUUAAAAAGUUUAAUAUUACUAUUAUUAUUACCUCUGAAUAAUGGGGUUAAUAUCAUGUUUUUAUUAAAUAUUAUAUUUGAAUGAUGGUCAAUAAUUUUUCAUGAAUUCGCAAAAUAAAAAAAUACUAGACGAAAAAGAGCAGAGAAAAAAGAGAAAAGUAAAAGAAGAAUAGCUCGUGUAACAAACAUUAAAAAUAAACAGCUUUUAAAACAACGAUGAAGCACGAAAAAAWAUAUAUACUCAAAUUGACACAUGAAAAACUAAGAUAUACUCAACUCAUAACGACCAGUCAAGCGUCGACCUGAAAACAUUAAUGAAUAGACAUAUAUAUUAAAAGUGAAAAAUAAAGUACGGUUAAAGGAAGUGGAA